AUGUCUGAUAAGACUGAGGUACCUGAUAAGUCCAAAACGCCUGACAAGCUUGACAUUAUUCUUAAUUGUUUCAUCCCCAGUGAAGAAGUGAACGAUAUUUUUGAAGUAACGAUAUCUAACGCUAAUGUCAAUAGAGUCUCUUCUUUUGCGGAGGCAAUCAGAAACCAUCGUCUAGAUCGAUUUCAGGAUAUUGUUUCGACCAGUUUUGCUUUAUAUAAGGUUGGGUUCGUAGCUGAUAGCGUUAUAAUCCAAACCUUAAGCAACAACAAUGUAUUCAUAGUAGAGGGAUCAGUAAGAAUGGGACUACAAGACACAAUUUUUAGUCAUUUACUCACACAGCCCCAGCGUAUCUAUUCUGGUGAAAAGGGAAUCAAUGUUAUCGUAUAUCCUCCUACUGAAACAGUGCCACACAAAUAA